AUGUCAUCAACCAUUUUUGGGGCGGACAGGGCAGUCGCAGAGAUGCUGAGAGCAGUGACACGAAGCAGUCCGCACCUUCUGCGCAACACUCUCGGCCGGAGAGCUGCCACGCUGACUCGUCGAAAUGUCCUCCCUGCGCCUCGUGUCAACACCUUUUCAGCGGUCACUCGAUCUUUCUCAAGCAGUCACAGACGACAGGGCGGAGGCACAUCCGACGAGAGUCUGAUUGCAAAAUUGGAGAGCGAGAUCGAAUUUGAGACGAGCAAUACUGAAGCGCUAGCGACCGAGCCAGAAUUUCUCAAGACGUUCAAGCAGCAAGGAGUAUGGAAGAUUGAAGACAAGUCGGGUCAAGAUGAAGUGACGUUGACGCGCUCGUUUGGCAAUGAAAGCAUCAAGCUGCUUUUCUCUAUCGCCGACCUGGACAACCAAGCCAACGAGGACGGGAUGGAGGACGAGUCCGCGACGGCGGAAACGGACGAAGAGGGUAACGAUCUCGAAGAACCUGGGUUCCCCGUUCGCACAUCCAUCACGAUCAACAAGCCGGAAGGAGGAGCUUUGACCAUCGACGCCAUUGCACAAGACGGCGUUUUCGUGAUCGACAACAUCGCUUUCUACUCUGAUGCGCUGCUUGCAAGCGAAUUGACUGCAGAAGCCGACUGGAAACGAAGAGGUCUCUACAUCGGACCACAGUUCUCUCACCUCGACGAAUCGCUACAGCAAGAAUUCGAAGACUAUCUCGAAGAACGAGGCGUGGAUGCUUCGCUCGCACUCUUCAUUCCCGAAUUGGCCGACUACAAGGAACAGCGAGAGUACUACAGGUGGCUCAAGAAAGUCAAGACGUUUGUCGAGGCAUGA